AUGUGGAUCAAUGCCAUCUAUGGGGAUUUCGUCCUGGUGAAGCGCCCAUCUAUCCAAGAAAUCGAUCCGGAGGGUGUCGAGGCUGUUUUGACGGAGGCAGUGAAGGCCAACGAAGUCGCCUUUGUCUCAAAAUGCCUUGGAGAUACUCCAGAGGAACUGACUGACAAACUCUACUUUGUUGCUCUACGCGACUCUACUAGCGCGAUGGUUGCACAAUUUCUCGGUGCUGGCAAAUCUAUUGACUUGGCUCAUACCGAGACCGUGUUCGGGUUGAGACGGAGCACACCGCUGAUUGUGGCCACUGCAGCUUGCAACCUGGAAGUUAUGGAAUAUCUUCUCACCCGUGGUUGCGAACUCUACGAAACUGGGUUGGCUGAUAUAGAGUGGCCGAGGCCCAACUUCUUUUGGAAUGCACUCUAUUAUGCAGUCCGAACGAGAAAUCCACAACAGCGUCUUAACACAAUUCUCACUCUGAGGAACAACAGAUUUGAUGUUACUAGAUUGCAAUUUGGACAGUCCCAGAUGUGCUAUCUCCUGGAGCGGGAUAAAAGUGAGUCAGAUUGUGCCAUCAUCGAUAUUCUGGAAAUUUUGAAACUCCCGAAGCACAGUCUCAAUUCCGCUUCAAAGAAGAAGAUCAAUCUCUUAGGUGGUGGCCUACUCCCGCAUACCUACUUUGUACACACAGAGGUCGUUUACUCAGCCGGCCUGCAAGAAACGCCCUUAGAUGCGCUCUCCUGUGCAGGCAGCGAAUUUGACAAUGGCCUUCUCGAAUAUGAGGCGGUGGAUGUUUCCAUGAAGCUUGAAGGGGACAACUAUUCAUUAUCGACUGAACAACUGCCCUCGGCAGAAGAUACACCCCAGACCUCGUCUCCCUCUGCGCAAUCAAGUGAACGCAGCGUUGCGAGCCCAGCAGAGGACAACAAGGUAAUGGGCGGUGAUUAUGUUUGCAACCCUGACUGUACUUGCAAGAUGUGUGAUACAUGUUUCGGAAUGAUCCAAACCAGCUUCUUGAACUCAAACUUUGUACCAGAUCAAGAUCAAUCUCCGACAGGGGUCCGCCUAGAGCUGCAAGAAGAGCUUGUUUCCUUGUAUCACGAAAACUCUGGUAAAUUUGCUGGUGUUGCUGAUAGGACGACUGGGCAAGUAAUGGGUCGAUUGAGCAAGCAAUUCAUGGUUGCAUAUCGCCGUUCUAUUGUGCCCCACGACCACUCCAAGCAAGAUUCACUCUGGAAAUACAAGCUUCAGACCAGCAUUUAUGGUCUAAGAGAAGAUGCUGGUGCAGUUGGAGCUCUGUUAUCGACUAAAGAUGUUUUCUUGCAACAAGCUCAAGAGAUCAACCCUACCAAGCUAUAUCUGAACCCACACUACCUCUCUUGGCCAGGAAGAAACAAAGACAUACCGCAAAACAAUAUCUCUUCAGGUAUCGUUACUUACCCAGAUGAAUCAGUACUCGAUGAACUCGCAUUUGUGAAGCCCCAAAUAGCAUCCAGCCUAAAGACAACUCUGAAAGACUACCAAAUACUGGCUCUUGCUAUGAUGUUCGAAAAAGAGAACGAAGUCAUCCAGGGUGCCAAUUUUCCUUCCUUGUGGCAAGGUCGUGAUUUUUUGGGAGAAAAGAGAUACUACAAUGUGUUUACAAAAGCAUUCGAAGAGCAAGAUGCUGAGCUACGCCGUGGUGGCCUCAUUGCAGACGAUUGGGACUCGAGAAGACACUUGCUACUUUGGCACCUAUUGCAUCGUCAAUUGCCGUAA